CUCAGUCGGACGUAUUCCCUCCAUUGUGUUAAGGAACGACCCCGAGGAUGGCGUCUGGAAAUAGCCAUCUCCUGGACCUGGUCCGGGCGGGCGACGCGGAGGCGCUGCGCUCGGGCCUCGCCUCCCUCGGCCCGCGCGCCACCAAGGACUUCUUCGCUGAGAAGCCGUUGCAUGUUGCUGCUGACGAAGGCUACGAAGAAGUAGUCAGGAUGCUUGUCUCGGCGGGAGUUGACGUUGACGGCAAGAAUGACAAGGGUUGGACUCCAUUGCAUACGGCUGCCUAUAGCGGUCACAGCUCGGUGGUGACGGCGCUUGUGACUCGAGGGGCAAAUGUGAACGGAAACAGCCAUCGUGGGUGGACUCCGUUGCACUUCGCGGCCCAGGAAGGCCACGAGUCGGCGGCAGAGGAGCUCAUCGUCAGAGGCGCUGAGGUGAACGCAAAGGAAGAGAAAGGUUGGACACCACUCCACUGGGCCGCUCGACAAGGACACACGGCGAUGGUCGAGAAGCUGGUAGCUAAGGGAGCCGAACUGAAUGCAAAGACAGAGGAAGGCUGGAGCCCCCUGCACAUGGCUGCCCUCACCGGUCACAGGUCGGUGGUGACGGUGCUCGCGGCUCAAGGGGCAAAUGUGAACGAAGAGGAUUCUCAAGGGUUUACUCCGCUACACUUGGCUGCCGUAGAAGGCCACGAGGCGGCGGCGGCGGAGCUCAUGGCGAGAGGCGGCGAGGCGAACGCGAAGGGAGGCCAAGGCUGGACGCCGCUUCACUGGGCCUCUCGGAAGGGCCACGGAGCGCUGGUCGAGGUCCUGCUUGGCAAGGGGGCCGACGGCGACGCGAAGACGGAUGGAAAUGAUACAGCAGGGCACAUUGCAGCUUCCCUAGGCCAUCUCCACGUCCUGUACACGCUGGUGAAACUUGGCGUCGCUAUGGACGCGAGGAAUAGCCGAGGAAAGACUCCCAAUGAUAUGCUGAAAGGAACUUCAACAACUGCAGAUUACGACAUGGAAAUCUUCAAAGGCAUCUCACUGAUAGAGAUAAUGGAGAAGUACCUCGCGGCUGAAAAGGGGAAGGUCAGCCUGCAGAGAGACAAGAGAGCGCUUCAGAAUGAACACAAAAAGGAGCUGAAGAGGAUUGAAGAAGAUCAGAGAAGAAGAGACGCUGACUCUCGGGGAAUGAAGAAGGAAAUCGCUGCUUUGAAAGAGAAGAUCAAGGCGAUGGAGGAGGAACACAGAACAGAACUGCAGAACGUCACAGAAAGGGAACAGGAAAAAGAAGCGGAGUUUGUGAAGAUGAAGAAUGAAAUAAUCAGUUUAAGGGAAACGAUUGCAAGUAGAGACGAGGAGAUCAAGUCGCUCGAGCGUCAACUCAAGGAGCAAGAGGCUGAAUGUGGACGACUGAGCUCGAUGGUGGAAGCAAAAGAAAUCCAAAUAAACCAAUUGCAAGAAAAACGCCGGGAGGAAGGUCAAGGAGAGGCGGAGAUCGAGGCAUCUAGCGAGGUCAGAGAACAGGAGACGACGGUUUCCGUUCUGCAAGAUACGAUGAGGUUAUUACAGGAACAAAAUACGAGGGAACUGCUGAGCCUCAGAAACGAGCAGCACCUGAAGGAAGCCGAGGCAGCGAACCAACUCAGAGGCGCUCAGGAGGCGCUCAAGUCUCGGAACAAGAGAGUCAAGGCGCUGAAGCGUCAACUCAAGGAGCAAGAGGCUGAAUGUGGACGACUGAGCUCGAUAGUGGAAGCAAAAGAAAUCCAAAUAAACCAAUUGCAAGAUCAACUUGAGAAUAAAGACAGGAAGGUCAGGACUUUGCAAUCGCGACUGGGCGAUAAAGAAAAUCAGUUAAAUGAAUUGGAGGAGGCUCUUCAAGCAGGGCCGCCGGAUACCUAUCAGCGCCCGGACUCACCUGUGCUUGUGUCACGCGACGGCCUCGCAUGCAGGGAGGAAUUCCCAUGGGGAGCGAGGAGGAAAAUGUCUCGGCGAGCAACAGACACCAAGAGAUCUUCGCAAGCAGAAGGCAGGGGGAGGAACAGAGCUUCUCGGUCAGAAGACAGAAGGCACAACGAAGAUCCCCAACCAAUAAACCGUACCAGGACCCGCAAGCACCCCCUUGGAGAGUCUCCCCAAGCAGGAACCGGGAGGAGAGGAAAUCGUCGGUCAUGCGAGAGGGCCGAGUCUCCUCAAGCACGAAGCGAGGACGAGACCCCAGACGGAGGGAGUGAAUACGAGUCUUACCAGUCUUCUCAAGCAGAGACUGAAGACGAAUCUCCAGGGGAAUAUAGCAGUAAUUAAUUGCCACGUGCGGCGAUGCGAGUUCCACCUCCUGCAUUAGGGCGAAUGGACGGAGAGAGAGAAAACAGAAGCUGAGAGGGAAGGAGUUAAGAGCAAAGACAACAGGAAAGUCAUGAAGCUCAUGUAGGGGUUCACUAUCUUCUGAUUAUACCGUUUAAUGCUACUUUUUUUCCAAGAUCAUUAUGCAAUACUAUGUAGAAAAGACAAACGCCUUCUCAGUAGACUUAACAAAACGUGUCUGUAUUUGCCUGUCAGGUGCAGAGUAAAAGUAAUAAGAAUAGAUGAUUAUUAGCAUAUGUGUUGCUGUUGUUAGCAUUAUCAUUAUCAAAUAUCAAUACUAUUAUUAUUAUCAUUAUUACGGUCCUUAUCAUCAUUAUGAUCAUUAGUAUUUACUUUUCUCUGUAUAGUUAAGUACCGAAUAUGUCUCUUUAUCCUGAAUACGUCUAACGGAUAAUUAAUCCCAUGAAACAAAAAAAGUUGUAGUGUUUUCUCUGAGACUCAAAAGAAAUGUGUCUAAAUAUAU